AUGAAAUCUUAUCUCAACGAUGGAGAAACUUAUAAUCCUUCUUUGCACCAUGAUAAAGAAUGGAUCCAUCAAUCAGUAAGAGCUCUAGUGAGUCUAUGGGAAAACGAUUUUGUACCUUUAGCAAGAACACAAUAUGAAAAUUGCAUGGAUCAAAAUAUUGAGUUGGGUGCGAUUGAGUCAGCUCGACUAUUCAAGUGUGAACAUGAUCAGAAAUACCUUCAUGAAACAUUUAAAUGCCAAAAACUUUGA